UCCAGCAUUCAUCCUCAGAAAAUCAGGAAGUUGAUCUUUCUGUAAAAUAAUCAUUCUUGCCUUGGAGCACCUUCCAAUCGUAGCUCAAUCAGCCGUAGGAUAUAAAUUUACUAUUGUUCACCUAGUGUGUUCAUUCCUUGAAGUCAAGAAGUAACAUAGUACUUCUUUCGAACUUUUCACCAUCUCACUUGUGUUUGCUGCUGGAGAACUGGAUCCUCCGGCCCCAUUACUUGAGUUUUUCUCCGGUUGAUUCCUAGACGCAGCUUUCGUCAACAGUUAUCUACCAACGAUAGGGGGCUCUUCUACCUCUGAAGUCCUCUUCAGACAUCUACAUCAGCACAUUGUCCCACCUGCUAACGUCUUGCUGCACAACCACUCAUGACGCCCCCUUCACGGAGAUUCACGAUUCAGCCUCAGAGCUGGUCCUCUGAGGAUGAACUGUCGGCUCCUCCGACUGUCCCGAUUUCAAAUCGAAAUCGAAUGAUCAAAGAACGGGAAAAACCCCUCCAAACUAUUGACACAAUUCAACAACUGGCCAAGGAUGGAUUACAAGUUAUAGAAUGUUUGAACGAGUGCGACUCCUUCAUAGUCACCGAUUCCAAAGCUGCCCGCGCCCGAGAAAUCGUGGAGCAGUUUCGCCGGGAAACGCUUUACCAUCACCAGCCGAACCCAGCGGCCAACAAAAAUUCCACUUCUGCGUUCCAUCCUCAGCCCUUUGAUCGGCUGAUCUACUUACUAGAUCGCUACACGGAGUAUUGCGCUUCCAUUGGCUUAUCAGCAUGGCCUCUGCACCAUCUCAAAGUCGCGAUCUGGAUUAAGGGCGACGUCAUCUCGCUAAAAACCCGGGUUAUCCCUCUCCGGAAGACUGUUCGUUGUUACAUUACAACCAUGGAGACCGUCAGAGUCAAGACUCGACAUUUAUUUCCCCAGUCUUACGAGGGGGAUGACAAGCCGUUGAUGUCGUGUCCCAUACUCAAAGAGCUCCUCGACGUGUUACCCAUUAGCCGUUCCGCCAGCCAUGAUAACCCGACUCCCGAAGGCGAAAGCAGAAUGUCUGGAGGGGUAGAUCGGGUCGUAUUGUUAAACCAAAUCAGAGGAAAAUCUGGAGACUCGAGGGCCGAAGAAGCCCUGGCUACUGUCCAAGCCUCACGAAAAAGUGCAACUCCUGGGGAUGGCUUGCGAUACGGCAAGAAAAAGCCCGACCCACACAUGCACACUCUCUCGCGUUACAUCAAUUUUUGUCGCUCCCUGUCGAUCCCGAUGUGGCCGAUAGAGCCAGUCAGGGUAGCCCUGUGGUUGAGAGAAUCAGUUCUCUCACCCGCCUCGUCAGACUACAACGGUUUCAAAGUUUCCUUGAGAACAGUCCAAGUUUAUCUUUCUCGCUUAGAAUACGCUAGGGCCAGAACCGAGCCGCUCUUCAAGGAAGAAUUUGGUGAAUCGGCAACGGGCUCCUUGUACAGGAGCCAAGCGAUUGGCGACAUUCUAGAGUCUUUCAAUCCCAACCAGGCUCAAAAACUUGGGAUGCUGACCGAUGCAUUCCAGAUGGAAGGUUCCUUGCAUCUUUCCCCAGUCCUCGGAAAGAGAAAGAUUGGGUCGGAAUUAUUUUUGGACGAGGCCGCAGCCUAUAAUGAAGGAUACCGUCACUGUCGCCCCAAGGUCUCCUGUACCCGAUCCUCUCUUGCCACUUUAUCCUCCGAGGAUAGCGACUCGGAACGGGAAAACGCAAUCUCGUCAAGAAGUCACUCUCCCUCACCAAGCUGCUCGGUUUCGUACGGAUCUCCAGCGCCCACUUCCAGCGAGCAGGAAUUUCCGAGCAGGUCUUCAUCAUCUACUCACUCUCGCAAAGGGUGCAUUUCGUACAUCCUGUGCUCCGAGCCAGGCCCGAAUCUCUCCUACGAGUCUUCUCAUCAACGCGAGCCUUCCAUUUCCGAUUCUGAAUGGUCGAGCACCUUGAGCUUCUCCACUCCCGCCGAGUGGUCUGUUCCUCCCAUCAACAUCCCCCGCAUCGACAACGGCCAAGCCCGAUUUGCGAUACCCUCUUUCGAUAGCUUCAGCUUUGCUCUUUCAAAGUAA